CUCGCAUCCAACCUCUCAUGUUCUCCGGUCCGCGCUUGCACUCACAUACCUGGAAUGUCCACCUGCACAGAGAUGGGCCGAGUCACAGACGACUGUCGAGUCUUUCACGGAAACAAGUUUGAUUCUGAUUCUUUGCUGCCCUGCAUUUCCAAAGGAAAACAACGAAAUUGCACAGAAUCCUUCGAAACAAAGAUCAGAUGCAAUGUGACUCUCCGACUCAUUUCAAAGUCACAAAGAAGGAACAAAAUCAUACUGCUUUUUUGACUCUCGAUUGCUGACAAACGGCAUUUAAACUUUUCUUUUCACAUCUUGGACAAUACGAACAAAAUCAAUCGUCCCAAGAAGUGUAUGAGACGUCUACGAGGGUACGCGAGCUUGACGAGAUGGGACGGAGAGCAUGUACACAGACAAGGUAUGAAAUCAGUACAUUUCAGCCUUGAACUUUUAUGGAUGUUUAGCAAAAAAAUGCGCGCUGCAAAAAGAUACCGUCAAAUCCAUAAAGAGCACAAACAUCAC